AUCGUGGCAAGUGUCUGCAGCACGGACGUGCAGCAUGCUAGAUCCUGAGGGCAGUGUGGAGCACAAGCCUUCCUCUUCCUUCCCCAAAGUUUUCCUCAUCCCUCUAGCCAUGCUCCUUGCAAUUGCAGCGCUCCUGCUCUUAGUGUUUUCCGCUACGCAGCAGAAAGAGCCUGAUUUUUACACUUUCAAAGUUGUAAACAUCAGGGGCAAACUAGUCUCUCUGGAGAAAUACAGGGGCUCGGUGUCGCUAGUGGUCAACGUUGCAAGUGAGUGUGGGUAUACAGAUAGCCACUACAAGGCCUUACAACAGUUACAGAGAGACCUUGGCCCAUAUCAUUUCAAUGUGCUGGCAUUCCCAUGCAAUCAGUUUGGGCAGCAAGAACCAGACACUAACAAAGAAAUUGAGAGUUUUGCACGAAAGACUUAUGGUGCCUCCUUUCCUAUGUUCAGCAAAAUAGCAGUCAGUGGAGCCGGUGCAAUUCCUGCCUUCAAGUACUUAAUUGAUUCUACAGGAGAAGAACCAACUUGGAACUUCUGGAAAUACCUGGUGGACCCCAAUGGGAAAGUCGUAAAGGCCUGGGACUCUACUGUCUCUGUUGAAGAAAUAAGACCUUAUGUUACAGAACUUGUAAGGAAAAUCAUCCUGAAGAAGAAAGAUGAAUUAUGAUUUUCGAAAGUCCCAGCAUGCCAAUUACAUCUUUAUUGAGAAUUAAGGCUGGACUUUGUCUUUUCACAUUCCAAAAGAGAGUAUAUGGGGAAGGGAAGUUAUGACCAGUGGAAUCUAUAUUCACCAUCUUAAGAAUGUAGAAAACAGCAAGUUUGCAUGGUCAAAGUAACUUAAUUUUUUUCUCCAAUUGAUUUGAGUUUGACCUUCCUGGGAAAGAGGAGCUCAUCAGCAAUUGUUUCUUUCCCAAUUCAAAUUAUUAUUUGUUGAUAACACUAUAGGAAUUCAGUUCAUGUACCUGUAGGAAGAAGGCUCAGAAUAAUGAUUUCCUGAUUGGGAUUUCAUUGAUAUCUGUAAUUCUGUUGUCAUAUUUUUAUCACGAACUGAAUGAAAAAAUAAAAAGUGUGUGAUUGACUUAAGGCAUGUUUUAGGAAGAGGGCCCAAACAGUUACCUUCAAAGGAGGCAGGUUUACAUAGAUACAUGUCUUGCUAGUUACCAAGGCCAAAAAUAUUUCAUCUGUCUAGAAAGGCAGUUAAGAAGAGCAUGGGGAAAAUACACCUAUAAAACUUAAAGUAGUAUGAAGACAAAGCCUCUUUAAUAAUUCUCCAAAACCUAUGAGAAGAAUUUCUACAUUUUUUUCACCCAGUAAAGAACAGCAGAUGUUAUUUAAAUAGCCAUUUGAACAUCUGUAGGAUGAGAGCCUAUAUGAAAAGGCUAUUUCUUUCCUCUAUUACUAUUUUGCCUUAGAAUUACUCUUGCAUCAUACAACUGAUAUUAAAUUUAUUUUUCAAUUUAUAACACCAUCCAAUUUUGCUGCAUGUACAGACAAACAUUAAAGAAUCAACAUUUUUCUAUGGAAAUUCUA